GGAAGGGGGGCGAGGAGAGUGGGGAGGGCAGUGAGGAAGAGGAGGGCGGCAUGGAGGGCGAGGGUGAGGAGGAGGUGGAGGUGGUGGAGAUCAGCAGUGGAGAUGAAGGCAGCGGUUCGGAGGAGGAGAUUGAGGACAGCGAUGAGGACUACUCCCCCGGGCACAGCAGCAGCGGCGACGAAGAGGAGGAGGGGGCGAGGGGUCAGCGGUCCGAGGAGGACGAAGACGAGGAAGACGAGGCGGAGGAUGACGUGGUGGAGGUGGCCGACAGCGAUGAGGAAGAGGGCAGCGAGGGCAGUGGCGGCAGGGCCGUGGGUAGGAAGCGCAAGCGGAGCGGCCGCAGCGGUGCAGGCGGCGGUGGCAGGGGCGGCGGCAAGGCCCAGAAGAGGAGCAAGACGGGCAACGCGGGCGGCAAGGGAGGGGCCGCCGGGAUGCUAGCCAGCCUGUCGUCCAAGAGCCUGGACGAGCAGAUGACUCAGCUACGGGAGGCCGUACGGACGUACUCGGAGCUCAGGUCCUCCUACGUUGCCCUGGUACGGCAGCGCAAGUCCGAGGAGCACCAGCUCGCCGCGGUGACCCAGCGGCUGCAGAAGCAGGAGCUGCACAUGAAGGCGCUGUGCGCUGUGGCGCGGAACAACUUUAGCCGCGACAGGCUGCAACAGGACUUCAGGGAGGGGGUCAAGGAGAUGGGCAAGCUGCCGACCGGGGGGCCGGAGGGCGAGGGCGAGCCCGAGCUGCCCGUCUUCUGUGUGUCGGCUAGGGAUGCUCAGAAGCUGGAGGGGCGCAACAAGCGAGCGGGCAGGGCAGCUACCUUUGUCAGACUGGACCAAACCGAGGUGCUGGCGCUGCGGCAGCACGUGCGUCACACCGCCGAGCGGGGCCGCAUGCGGGCGCAGCGGGAGCUCCUCAGGGCGCUGUUCGCCUUCAUCGACUCGGUCGGCAGCUUCCUGCUGAACAAGCGUCAGGAGGACCCCCGGGUGUCCGCUGCGGUGCUGCGGGCCGUGUUCGGGCAGGGCCUGGAGUGGCUGCGGGCGAGGCUGCAGGAGGGGCUGGACGUGCAGUUGCUUCACAUCCAAGACGAGUUCCUGCACCGCGGGUUGCGUCCCUACCUGCUUGCGGGCCUGGCGGAGGCGCAGGGCAGGGCACCGGGGACUUCCCGGGGUUGGGGGUUGCGCAACUGGUCGACCUACAGGGCAUGUGUACGGCGCAACGGGGUCUUCCACAGCCCGAGCGCAGGGCCGUUGGACUUCAACGGUGACCUCGCCAACCCCCUUCUCAACCGAAUCGGCGGAGUGUGGGACGACAUCUUCAACAAGCGCUUCGCACAGCGGCUCAGUGACCUGGUUAGUUGGUCGUUGGAGGUGUUGGACAGUUUCGUGGCGGCGGUACGGCAGCAGGUGGCGCAGCGGCUGGCGGGAUGCCCGCAGCAGCUGGACAGCUUGCAUGCGCAGGUGCGUCGGGACGAGGAGCGGCGUCUGGCUGCCUGGCGUGACAGGGCGCUGGCGGAGGUGGAGGGCGCGGCGCGGGACCUCUCACGGGACGUUAUGGAGCCGCGAGUCCGUGCCGCGCUGCAGCCGGCGUACCAGCAGGCGGCCUGGGAGAGUGGCACCGGCUGCUACAAGCGGAUGAAGGCGGCGGUGGAGGGACGCGUGGAGGCGGUGGGGGCGGCGGCGUUGCGGGAGGCGGCGGCUGCUCUAGAGCAGGAGGUCGCUCAGCUGCUGUCCCGAGUGGGAGCCUCCUUCGCAGCCGCCCUGGAGACGCUGGUGGAGGCGGCCACCGCGCGCUUCUCCCUGCUGUGGGACGACGCGCCCAGCAGCUAUGACCACCGCUACCCAGCUGCCGUGGCGCUGCGGGAUCUCGCCUGCCGUACCCGGGACAUGUGCGGCAAGGCCGGGGUGGCGGUUCCGGAGCCUUUUGAGCUGCCGCCGCCCACUCCGGAAGAGCCUGUGGGCGUGAGGGCGGCGGCGGGAGUGGAGG